AUGGGCGAGGACGCUGAGAGCCCCAAAAUCAACCACACCUUCCUGCGAGACUACGUCACCGAAGCUGAUGUCAUCUCUACGGUGGAGUUUAACCAGACAGGGGACCUGCUGGCCACGGGGGACAAAGGUGGCCGAGUGGUCAUCUUCCAGAGAGAGACUGAGUCUAAAGGGGACUCAGAGGAGGCAGGGGAGACAGGGGACUCUGGGGAGUACAAUGUCUACAGCACGUUCCAGAGCCAUGAACCAGACUUUGACUACCUGAAGAGUCUAGAGAUUGAAGAGAAAAUUAACAAGAUCAAAUGGCUGCCACAGCAGAACGCAGCACAUUUCCUCCUCUCCACCAAUGAUAAGACCAUUAAACUGUGGAAGGUGAGUGAGAGAGACAAGAGACCGGAGGGAUACAACCUGAAAGAUGAGGAGGGACGGCUCAAGGACAUCUCUACCAUCACCUCUCUGCAGGUGCCAGUGCUGAAACCUACAGAUCUGAUGGUAGAGGUCCGUCCCAGACGAGUGUUUGCCAAUGGACACACCUACCAUGUCAACUCCAUCUCAGUCAACAGUGAUGGGGAGACAUACCUAUCUGCUGAUGACCUCCGCAUCAAUAUGUGGCACCUGGGUAUCACGGACCGCAGCUUCAAUAUUGUGGACAUCAAACCAGCCAACAUGGAGGAUCUGACGGAGGUGAUAACAGCAGCAGAGUUCCACCCUCACCACUGCCACUUGUUUGUGUACAGCAGCAGCAAGGGCACCCUGCGCCUCUGUGACAUGAGAGCCUCUGCACUCUGUGACAAACACACCAAAUUGUUUGAGGAACCUGAGGAUCCAGGGAGCCGGUCCUUCUUCUCAGAGAUUAUUUCCUCUGUGUCGGACGUCAAGUUCAGUCACAGUGGACGCUAUCUGCUGACCAGAGACUACCUCACCGCCAAGGUGUGGGACCUGAACAUGGACAAAGGCCCUGUGGAGACAUACCAGGUCCAUGAAUAUCUAAGGAGUAAGCUGUGUUCCCUCUAUGAAAAUGACUGCAUCUUUGACAAGUUUGAGUGUGUCUGGAACAGCUCAGACAGUGUGAUCAUGACAGGGGCAUACAACAGCUUCUUCCGGAUGUUUGACAGGGAGACAGGCCGAGGUGUAACCCUGGAGGCGUGGCGGGAAAGCAGCAAGCCCCGAGCUGUGCUGCGGACCCGGCGUGUCUAUACCGGCGGUAAGCGUCGCCGUGGAGAUGUGGGCGUUGACAGCCUGGACUUCACAAAGAAAAUCCUGCACAUGGCUUGGCACCCGUCUGAGAAUAUCAUUGCCAUAGCAGCCACCAACAACCUGUACAUCUUCCAAGAUCGUGUCAACCCUGAGACGCAGACACAGUGA